AUGUCAGUCCUAGACGACGACGCCAUAGCUUUGGUAGGCUUAGCUCUAAUUCUUAAAAACAAAAAACAAAAAAAACGCGAAAAAUGGGCCAAAGAUUGGCUCUUAAAACGAAAAAUCUACAGCCAUGUCAAUUUAUUAAAUGAAUUGAGAUUCGAACCACUGGAUUUCAAAAAUUAUUUACGAAUGGACGAGGAUACUUACCGUAAUCUACUGUCAAUGGUUGCGCCUUUAAUACAAAAACAAGACACUGUAAUGCGUAAAAGUAUUUCUCCGCAUGAGAGGUUAGCAGUUACCCUAAGGUUCCUCGCAACUGGAAGGACUUACGAAGACUUAAAAUACACUUCAGUCAUUUCAUCUCAAGCACUUGGAAAAAUUAUUCCAGAGACCUGUGAUGCUUUGUACCGAGUAUUACGUAGGGAAUAUUUAACGUUUCCUACAACUGAGGAAGAAUGGAAAGACAUUGCACAAUUAUUCGAGGAACGUUGGAACUUUCCACACUGUAUUGGUGCGCUCGACGGAAAGCACAUAAAUAUUGUUCCACCAGCUGGAAGUGGAUCCGAAUUUUUCAAUUAUAAAGGCCACCAUAGCAUGGUUCUCUUAGGUUUAGUAAAUGCAAAUUAUCAAUUUCUAUUGGUAGAUUUUGGAACAAAUGGCAGAAUUUCUGAUGGGGGUGUUCUUCAGAAUACAACGUUUUUCGAAAAACUACUAAAUGAAGAAUUAAACAUUCCUUGCGCAGACAACAUUGAGGGAAGUUCCAAGAAAUUACCAUAUGUUUUUGUUUGCGAUGAUGCCUUUCCGUUACGAACUGAUAUGCUUAAACCGUUUCGACAAUCACAUUUGGAUUGUUAUGAAAAAAAAAUAUUCAAUUACAGAUUUAAUAUUCAAAAAAUGGAAGUUGAUGAGUCGAAAUCUAAUUCUGAAUGUGAAGCAGACAUACUUCAUCAAGUUGAAACAAAAAUAAGGAUAAAAAAAAAAUAUUGA